AAGUUUCAGAAAAUGAGGUAGUUUUAAGUAGGUUAGAUAUUAAAUAUAAGUAUUUUUCCAUACCUAUAGAUGAUAAAAUUCUUUUAGUUCCACUCAUUCAUCACCUUUUUUAUGAUUUUUCAUAGAAUGAAUUUCGAUUACCUCGUAGAAGAAAUCGAUUCCGAAGUGGAAUGCUCACAACCUUUGGGCCCCCAAAGAGAUAAAGUGUUUAAACCAAAUUCUUACAAUCUCGUUUGCGCUCCUCCAGCAGAACCAUCAGAAAUUGUGGUACCGUCACCAUCGUCUGGCGGCCAUGCAGAUAUAAUCCAGAAGCUGGAUGCUAUUGAGACCCGUCUCACUGCCAUUGAGAAGUCCCUAACAGACAAAAUGCCAGAGAAGGCCGAGGGGCAGGCGCAAAGUAAAUUAUUGCGCGAAUGCCGCGUCAUUGCGGCAAAGACGCACCAUUCAAUUAGCCGCAUCACCGGUGAUUUGGAGGACGAGCAUUACGUGGAGCUCGCUUCGAAACUGCCCAUGUCAUCGGAAGAGCACGUGCGCUUCGUGGAAGACAAACUUUCCCAAAAGGAAAGCACGGAUGCUAUGAUGCGGCUAAUAUUGAAAUCAAAGGGCGCAAAAGGCAGUGUGGACGGCGUACUUCGUGGUUUGUUUUCAGACGAUGUAAUGUACCAUUACAAUUUAGAGGGGCGCAAGGAGAAGAAACCCCUACUAAAACUAAAGUGCGUAGGGUUAGUUUUUGAUAUAUUUCCUGACAAGGAUAAAAGCAGUAUAUGUGGGGAGCUCCGGAGAUUUGUGGCCUUAAGCCACAAUCGUUUUAAACAGAAGAAACAUAAACUAAGGGCUAAACUAAUAUAAGUUUUAUUAUUAUUACUUAUAUAUAUUAGUUUUAAGUUGUAAAUAUUAGUUUUAAGUUGUACAUA